CGAAUUUAAGAAAACUUCAGCGUAAUAAGUUUCCUUCUUUUUUUUUUUCUUUUUCUUUUUCUUUUUCUUUUUCUUUUUUCUUCUAAAAUGUCUUAAACCCUAAACCUGGCGUUCUGUUUCCCGCCACUUGCCUUUCUCCGUUACCGGCAUCCCUGCAACCAUGCCGAAACAUUACAGGCCUCCAGGUAAGAAGAAGGAAGGAGAUGCUGCUAGAUAUGUAACCAGGUCCCAAGCUGUCAAAAGCCUUCAAGUCAGCCUUCCACUCUUCAGGAAAUUAUGCAUUCUCAAAGGAAUUUUCCCCCGGGAGCCAAAGAAGAAGGUCAAGGGAAACCACCACACUAACAAUCACACCAAGCGUAUUGCCUUCAUCCAACAUGAUCCAAUGCUUGAGAAAUUUAGAGAAAUCAGGGCAUACCAGAAAAAGAUAAAGAAAGCUAAGGCUAAGAAGAAUGAGGAGCUAGCACGAGCUCUGAAAUCUCUUGAACCCCAUGUCAAGAUGGACAAGUUCAUCCGGGAUAGAUAUCCAACAUUCAUUGAUGCAAUCAGAGACUUGGAUGAUGCUCUCUCAAUGGUGCACCUUUUUGCAGCGUUGCCUGCCUCAGAUAGGCUGAAAAUUGGAGCAGAGAGCACUCAUAAUUGUCGAAGAUUGUGUCAUGCAUGGCAAGCCUAUAUUUCUCACACUCAUAAAUUAAGGAAAGUUUUCAUAUCUGCUGAGGUUGAAGGUCAAAAAAUCUUGUGGUUAACUCCUCAUACAUUACAGCAAGUUCUGACAGAGGAUGUUGACUUUGAUACACUCCUAGGAUUUGUUAAUUUCACAAUUUAUCAUUCAAUUAAUUUGAAGUAUCUGCCAAUUCUAGAUCCUCGAUUGGAAGCAUUAGCAGCAGCAGAUCUAUAUGCAUUAUCAAGAUACAUUGAUGCUGGCUCUGGAGCCUCUCUGCCCGAACCUCAAACUGCUAGCUCAUCUAAGUCAGAACAAGAAGCACAGGAAGAGUCUGAGUUAAGACUUGCACAACUUCAGCAUCAACUGCCUACCAAUGAACCUGGUGCACUGAUGCAUCUUGUUCAGGAUACUACCAGCAAAGUCGAAGAAGAUGAAGAUACAAGAGAGUGCAAGAUACUCUUUCAAAAUAUGAAAUUUUUCCUGAGCCGUGAGGUUCUGAGAGAAGAAUAUAUUCAACCCCAAUGGGUCUAUGACUGUGUAAAUGCACGGAUCAUAUUGCCAACUGAGCCUUACAUGGUUGAAAGAGUUCCACCACCACACUUGUCACCAUUUGUUGAUGAUGAGGCUGAAGGUUAUGUUCCUGACUAUGCCAAGACCAUUAAACAAUUACAGGCGGCUUCCAGAAAUGACGUCCUUCCAUUGCCAGGGAUGGGGAAAGAUGAACUGGAUGACCCUCAACAUCUACUAGCUGAGGGGUAUAUCAACAGAACUGAGGCUAAUGAGGCUGCUGAGAAGAAGUACAAGAUAAUGCUUUACGAGAAGCAGUAUCAGAACGAAUUGAAAAUGGAAAUUCAGGGCGAUUUGAGCAUAAAUCAGCAAAGCUCUAAAGAGAUGGACUCUAAGGAAGAAUCCCUUCCCGACAUGGAACAAAUUGCUAAUGAUGCUGAUGCUCAUUCAAAAGCAAUGAUGUCACGUAGAGAGCGAGGACUCUAUGAAGCCAUCCGGAUUGGCAAGAAAAGGAAGGAGACUCAUGUCGAAAAGCUCAAGGAGCGAAAGAGAAACAUCCAAGAGGCUCAGAAACCUGAAAAGAAGCAAAAAAGCGCUUAGCCUUUUCAUCUCAUUAUAUACUGAUAUGAAGCUAAUUGUUAUCUCAAGUUAAACAUUGCCAUUUUUGUUGGCUAAAAUUUUGCUAAAGU